CCAUAACACUACCUAGCUAUCUACACAAGUACUACAAUAUAAUCCCACAUACCAAACUCAGCUAGUUCUAAGGAAGAUCCGACAAUAUGGGGCUUUACAAGCUCUCACUAGCAUUAGUUGUGACAUUCAUGGCCAUGUCAAUGCUUCCUCAACUCUCAACUGCCCAAAACUCACCCCAAGACUAUGUUGAUGCACAUAAUGCUGCCCGGGCUCAGGUGGGAGUCGGGCCCAUCGCUUGGGAUGAAAACGUAGCCGCAUUUGCUAGAAGUUACGCCAGCCAAAGAGCUGGGGACUGUGAUCUCAGACACUCAGGUGGACCAUAUGGCGAAAACCUUGCACAAGGGACCGGAGACCUCACGGGGAGAGAUGCGGUAAAUUUGUGGAUCGGGGAGAAACCCUUCUACAACUACGGCUCUAACACAUGUGUUGGAGGUGAAUGCUUACACUAUACUCAGGUUGUGUGGCGUAAUUCAGUCAGACUAGGAUGUGCUAGGGUUCCAUGCAAUGGCGGUGGGUGGUUCGUCACUUGUAACUAUGAUCCUCGAGGCAACUUUAUUGGACAAAGACCUUACUAGAAAACUGAAAGUCAUAGUUAUUGUCAUGACUUUUAAUUAAUAUAAGUUAUGAAUAAGUUUUGUUUGUAUUUAAUUAAAGAAGUCGUUUAUGCGACAACUUUAUUAAAACAAACUCUAGUAUUGCAAGAAAAAAUAAAACUAAUAAGAUGCCUAAUAUUUCCUUAAA